UUCCACCGGCAUGCUUGCGCUGCAUUGCACGCUUCUGAGUCCCGACGGGAGUGACGACGAGACAGAGCUACCGCCUGCGCAUCCAGACAUGCCUUCCACCCGAAGACUGAUGGGCACUCUUGUCGCAUCACCUUAUCCGGCCAAGGACGAGAACAAUCGUGCAGGCACAUUCUUCGUGUUUCCUGACUUGAGCUGUCGAUCGCCAGGCAAGUAUCGGUUGAAGUUCAAACUCUUGCGCAUAGAUCCCACCAACAUCGUGCCGGGCGUCAAAUUCAAGGGAGAUGUCGCGACCAUCGUGACCGAAGUCUUCAGCGUGUUUACCGCCAAAGAUUUCCCCGGAAUGCGUGCCAGUAGCGCUCUGCUGAAAUCGCUCCGACGGCAAGGCCUGAAUGUCGGCGUAAAGAAAGGAUCAGAGGCACGAAAAGGCAAGGGCAAGCCGAAGAAAGAAAUCGAGAGCUCGGCGUCUUCUGACAAUGAUUCUGAUGGUGGUAACUCAUACACUUCUGGCAGUAAUAGCCCGAACUCCAAGUCCCAUUUCAGAAAGAAGGGAAAGAGGAGAAAGCACGAUGAAUAGUAGCGUGGGAGUCUGAGCAGUGGCGCUUUUUGUAUUGAUGGUGCGGCAACUUAUGCCUGUCUGGACCGUCAAUCUUUAUCGUGCGCGGUGCGCGAGACCAACCGAUGUGCGUGCGACGCUCACUUGUUGCACAGAUGUUCUAAUCAGCCGAGUUAUGUGGAGGGUCAGCUUCAAUUAUCAAUCUAUGGUCAGGCAGCAUUGUAUAUUCUGGAUUCUUCCUGCAGUAGCAGCAGCAGCAAAGCGACGAGCACUUUCGACUGAGCUGGGCUUUCAGUGCCCGAUUUUUGGAGUGUUGGAGUAAUGGUAUGAAGGAUGCCGGCGACUCUGAAUCCGCCGUGAACGAGAGAGAGACUGUUGAUGACCAAACGAGAUAUAAUUUCUAGGUAUGCAUAGUGGCUCAGUG